AUGGAGGCCCUAGAGCUGCUAGUCCUGGAGGUGUUGGAGGUACUGCUUGUACUAGAGGCACUGGAGGUGCUAGAGUUACUAGUCCUGGAGGUCCCACUGGUGCCUUGCCCCAGCGGUCUAGCUAACGGGAGCCUCUCUCACCACACUGCUAGUGCUGGAGGUGUAGGUGGUGCUUGCACUGCUGGUCCUAGGGGUGCUCGCGCUGGUGGUGCUGGAGCUGCCGUACCAGGUGGUGCUGCUAGUGGAGUUUCUGGAGCUGGUGGUGGUGCUACUGCUCGAGUUGCUGGAGCUGCUAGUCCUGGAGGUGCUCGUACUGAAGGUACUGGAGCUGGUGGUGGUGGUGCUGCUGCUGGAGGUGCUGGAGCUGCUGGUCCCGGGGGUGCUCGUACUGGAGGUACUGGAGCUGCCGGAGCUGGUGGUACUGUCAAUACUGGUGGUGUUGGUGGAGCUGGCACUGCUGGUCUUGGAGGUGCUCAUCUUGGAGGUUCUAGAGGUGCUCUCUCGCCGCAGCAGCUACGCGAGUGGUACACUCAGCACUGCCACCUUUGGUGUGGCGCUGCUGGGGCUGGAGGCACUGCAACUGGAGACGCAGGAGCUGGAGGUACUGGAGCGGCCGAAGCUGGUGGUGCUGCGAACACUAGAGCUGUAGGCGCUGGAGCUGGUCACCCGGGAGCUGGAGGUGCUGGAGUUGGAGGCGCUGGAGCUGGAUUUUUUGGAGCUGCUGGAGGCUUUGGAGCUACUGGUACUAGUACAGGAGGUGUUGGUGCUGGAGGAGCUGGUGCAGGUGGUACUGCACAGCCAGCGUGUCCCUAUGUCGUCUCCUCCUGCGUCCUCUCUUACUGCGGACCCAACCCAGAGUCUAAUCUGGUUUGUGCCACCAGUCCUACUGUUACGCGUCUCUUUGCCACUAUUGUCAUUGGCCCUUCGUUGGAGUCUGUUGUUGCGUCUGCCUUAGUCGUUGAGGUUGUUGACUUUGCUGUUGCUUGUCGUCUCGACUACGCCGCUAGUCUUGUUACUGAGUCUGAGUCUGUCUGUCCUCCGUCCAUCGGGGGUGAGUGUGCUCUUGGCACGGACAUCCUUCAGGACAGGAAGGAGCACUUUGACUGUCUUGCAGCCACUGUACCUCAUCUCGUGGCCAUGCUGCUUGCCCCUGAUGGAGACCCGGAUGCACCAGACAUCCCGACCCCGCGCUCUUACGCUGAGGCGAUCGCGGGUGAGUACUCCUCUCAGUGGCAGACAGCCAUGGAUGCAGAGAUAGCAUCCUAG